AUGAUUCCAACAAAUGAAAGUUACGAGCUCAAAGAAGUAAAAUCUCUCAUCAAAGCUUUGAUCAUCUCAAAUAAGGGCGGGAUGCCAAUUAACAAAAUCGAUGAUGAGUAUCACUGUCAAACGGGUGACUUUAUUCCAUACCUUCGCUUAGGUUUCACCUCUCUUUACGACAUGCUUCGUAAUUUUAACGGCAUAAGAACAGAAAGGAACGAGCUUGGAGACGUCGUUUACAGGGUUGUGGAUCUAGGACGCAUGGCGCACAUCGAUGACCUUGUGAGGAAGCAAAAAGAUGAAGUAAUUCGACCUGAUCGAAAACGAAAGGAUCGUCUCACCCGACUUAACAACAACCAACCACAACCACCCAAAAAAGCUAAAAACACUCAUCCAGCGUUUAAUAAUUUUAUCUCUGAAGGAGAGGAUUCUGCGUAUGAAUCAACGGCGUACGACGAUGACAACCAGAGUCCCAUAAGAAUUGAAGAUCCUCCUCGGGAUUUAUUACAUGUUCACGAACCUUUGAUGAACGGUCAACAGUUGAUCGGAGACGAUUUCUUUUUACAACUCGCAAUUCGCAAUUUAAGACGUCCAAUCUGGAGAAAAGCUCGUAAGAAUUAG